AUGGUAACUAUUUUUUACUUAAUCUAUCUAUCUAUUUAUCUAUCUAUCUAUCUAUCUAUCUAUCUAUCUAUCUAUCUAUCUAGCAUACAUAUUUCAUUAUCUAUCUAUCUAUCUAUCUAUCUAUCUGUCUGUCUCUUUCUAAACAUGUCUUUAUAUUUAAAACUAUCUGUCUCAUGCUAUGUCUUUAUAUUUAAAAACAUCUAUCUAUCUAUCUAUCUAUCUAUCUUGAUCUCUCUAUUUCUCUCCCACUAUCGUCUUUUUAUUCUCUCAUGUCAUAUCUCCCUUCGACUCUUUUUUUCUUUCCAAACUUUCUCUCUUUCUCUCCUUCUCUCUUUCGCUCUCUUUCCUAAUUUGUUUACUUUCUCAUUCUUCCUCAUUCCCAUAAUUCCCUUUUUUUUCUCUCUCACAUAUGUUUCAUUUUAUUUUCUUCCUCUCUUUUCCUUGCUCUUUUCAAUGUCGUGUUUACGAUGGGGAGUGUUAAAAGUCCUCUGGUCACAUGCGAGCUAUAUAUCUGAUCUCGACCUGAUCCGCCCUCCCCCUCUCUCUCUCUCUCUCUCUCUCUCUCUCUCUCUCUGUUUAUAUUCACCUGUGUAUAUGUUAUUUACUUUCAGUUUCUAUAACAAUUAA